AAGCAAAGCUAUUACUGUAGAAUCAACUUAAGCCGUAUGAUAAUCAACUUAAGCUAUUACUGUAAAAAUGUAGCUCUCUCUCUCUCUCUCUCUCACUAUCUCAAUCUGUCUGUCUCUCCCUUAUGUUUUUUAUGCACUCUCACCGAUCAGUAGCUUAGUUCAAGUAAACUGCCCUCUAAACCGACCCGACCCUAUUCUCUAUCUCUCAAACUCUAUCUUUUCGUUCUGAUUUCGUCUGCCGAAUUGUUUGCUGGAUCUUCAGGAAAAUGGGUACGCUGCUUCGUACUUCCCACUCUUCUUUUCGUUCUUAUUGUUAUUCUACUCUUACUGCUGCUGCUAGUAUUGCUAGUGCUAAAGAAAACCCGAAUCACAAUCUGAAUCAAAAUCAAUUCUUGGAAUCUGUUAGAGAUCAGUGCAAAUCUAGAAGCUUUAGGAAUGUUGGUCAUGCCUUACACCUGUUUGAUACAAUGCUUCACAUGCGCCCUUUGCCUAGCGUUAACAAUUUUAAUCACGUGUUGGGUGCCAUUGCAAGAUUGAAGCAUUACCCAGUAGUCAUUUCUUUAAUUAAUAGAAUCAAAUCAUUUGGUAUCUCUCCUGAUGUUUAUACUCUUAGUAUUUUGGUUAACUGUUUCUGCCAUUUGAACCGAGUAGAUUUUGGGUUUUCUGUCUUGGCAACAAUUUUGAAACUUGGUUAUCACCCAAACUCUGUUACUCUAAACACCCUUGUCAAGGGGCUCUGUCUUCAAGGUAAGAUUGCUGGAGCUGUGAGGUUGGUAGAAGAAAUGGAGAAGAAUGGAUAUAAGCCUGAUGCAUUUACUUGUGGAACAAUACUAAAUGGUCUGUGUAAGAUUGGACAGACUAGUAUGGCUAUUAGGUUGCUUAGGAAGAUGGUAGAAGGGAAUUUUGAGCUUGAUUUGACAGCGUAUAACACAAUCAUUGAUAGUUUAUGUAAGGAUAGAUUUGUAACUGAGGCUUUGAACCUUUUAUCUGGAAUGAUGAGUAAAGGCAUUCAGCCGGACCUUGCCACUUACAAUUCCUUGAUUCAAGGCCUAUGCAAUUUUGGCCGGUGGAGAGAGGCUACUACUUUGUUAAACGAGAUGGUACAGAGGAAGAUUGUGCCAAGUGUGAGGACUUUCAAUAUAUUGGUGGAUGCAUUUUGCAAAGAGGGGAUGUUGAAAAAGGCGAAAAUUAUUUUUGAUAAGAUGAUUCAAAGAGGUAUUGAGCCUGACAUAGUCUCUUAUAAUACUUUGAUUGAUGGAUACUGUUUGCAAAAUAAAUUGAAGGAUGCCAUUGAAGCAUUGAACAUGAUGGUUGAGAGGGGUUGUUCACCUGAUGUUGUUAGCUAUAGCACAUUGAUUAAUGGAUUUUGUAAAAAGAAAAGAAUUGAUGAGGCAAUGAAUCUCUUUCAUGAGAUGUCCAACAAGGGAGUAACUCCCGAUGUUGUGACUUACAGCACUCUUAUAGGUGGGUUUUGUCGAGUGGGGAGACACAAGGCUGCUCUAGAGCUAUUUCAUAAGAUUCAAGCAUGUGGCCAACUUCCAGAUCCCCAAACCUAUGCUAUCUUGUUGGAUGGCUUGUGCAAGAAUGGACAAGUUGUUGAGGCAGUAAAAGUGUUUCAUAAGAUGGAAGACAAAACAUUGGGCAACGAUAUUGUGAUUUACAACAUUUUAAUUGAUGGUUUGUGUAAUUUUGGAAAUCUUACAGUUGCAAGAGAACUCUUUUAUGGUCUACCUACAAAAGGAUUGCAACCCAAUGUUCGGACUUACACUAUAAUGAUCAAAGGGUUUUGCAAAGAGGGGCUAAUUGAUGAAGCGAGUGAGUUGCUAGAGAAAAUGGAUGGGAACCAUAUCUCUCCUGAUGAUCGAACAUAUAACACAAUCAUCCAAGGGUUGCUGCAACAGAAUGAGACAGCAAAGGCUAUGGAACUUAUUAAGAUAAUGGUUGACAAGGGUUUUUCAGCAAAUGCAACCACUGCAUCCAUGUUGUUUGACUUGCUAUCCGCAAAUCCAGCAGAUAAAGCACUUCAAGAAUUACUUACUAAGACUUUGCCAGUCAAUUUAUAAGGUGUAUGUAUAUUUGUCAGAAGUGGUUAUUUACUUCUUUUUUUUAUGAAGUGAUGUUUCUUUUCAUAUCAUUGAUGUUUUUUCCAUUUCAAAUUUUCUAGCAAAAGAAUACCAAUGGUAGGAAAGGUACUUAACAUGCUAAUUAAGCAUUAUGAUCCCUGUUUGUAUGUUACUGUUCUUUGAAAUCUUCUUGUUGGAGUUGAAGUAUAUUGGAAGCUUAACUUGAUCA